GCCGGGACUUGGACGCCCCCUCGGAUGAAUGGGGCCUGGGCUGACUGAGAACUACAGCUCCUCGGCUGGCAGCGUGGGUGGCGGCCUCAGGGGAAGAGGGAACCGCCUCGGCCCCGGGCAAGAGCCGCGCUCCCGGACCGCGGGCAUGUCCAUUGCCGCCUUCCUGGGGUAGCAGCGUAGGCGGGCGCCUCCUCCGCGCUCGCUCCCCUGCCCCCGCACCGGCCAUGCGCCCGGCCUUCGCGGUGGGCCUGGUAUUCGCAGGCUGCUGCAGUAACGUGAUCUUCCUAGAGCUGCUGGCCCGGAAGCAUCCAGGAUGUGGGAACAUCGUGACAUUUGCACAGUUCUUAUUUAUUGCUGUGGAAGGCUUCCUCUUUGAAGCUGACUUGGGAAGGAAGCCGCCAGCUAUCCCAAUAAGGUACUAUGCUGUGAUGGUAACCAUGUUCUUUACUGUCAGCGUGGUGAACAACUAUGCCCUGAAUCUCAACAUUGCCAUGCCCUUGCACAUGAUAUUUAGAUCUGGCUCCCUCAUUGCCAACAUGAUUCUGGGAAUUAUCAUUUUAAAGAAAAGAUACAGUAUUUUCAAGUAUACCUCCAUUGCCCUGGUGUCUGCAGGGAUUUUUAUUUGCACUUUCAUGUCAGCAAAGCAGGUGACUUCCCAGUCCAGCGUGGGUGAAAAUGAUGGAUUCCAGGCCUUUGCAUGGUGGUUACUAGGCAUCGGGGCACUGACUUUUGCUCUUCUGAUGUCAGCAAGGAUGGGUAUAUUCCAAGAGACUCUCUACAAACAAUUUGGGAAGCACUCCAAGGAGGCCUUAUUUUAUAAUCACGCCCUUCCACUUCCUGGUUUCAUCUUCUUGGCCUCUGAUAUUUAUGACCAUGCAGUUCUAUUCAAUAAGUCUGAACUCUAUCAAGUUCCAGUUGUCGGUGUGACAGUGCCCAUCAUGUGGUUCUACCUCCUCAUGAAUGUUAUCACUCAGUACGUGUGCAUCCGGGGCGUGUUCAUCCUCACAACAGAGUGUGCCUCCCUCACCGUCACGCUUGUUGUGACUCUACGCAAGUUCGUGAGCCUCAUCUUUUCCAUCCUGUACUUCCAGAACCCUUUCACUCUGUGGCACUGGCUGGGCACCUUAUUUGUCUUCAUUGGGACCUUAAUGUACACAGAGGUGUGGAACAACCUAGGAACCACAAAAAGUCAGCAGCAGAAGGUCGACAAGAAGAACUGACAUCUGCCUGGAAGAUGACUAGUGUUGUGUGCAGGAGGCCUCCGCCCUUUUGCUUUGGUUAACACUGAAUCACCCCCAGGAUGGAACCAGACAUACCCCAGGGAUUACUGAGAAGGAGGGGACGUUUUCCGUUUCUCAUGGCCAUCCAAACAAAGUUUGUAGACUCUGAAUAGACAUCCCUUAACCCUAAAAAUAGGAAAAAGAGUAGUUCUGUAUUAUCACACAGAUCAUUCGUUAUUUGUUUACCAGAAUAUUCAGAACUGUGCUUGUUUGUUAAAUUCCAAGUCCCUAGAGCUGUGAGUCUUAUAUCUGUGAUCUCAGACAAGAUCAUGCCUUUGUUACUGUUCUGACAUUCUCUGCCAUAAUAAUCAUUUGUUAUCCCGUCCCCUUUUUCUCCUGCCCCCCCCCCCAUUCUUCAGCAGCACUUUGCAGUCUGUCAGGUACUCCAGGCACCAUCUUCCACUGAACAACUGAGUGGCCCAGCAAACUCUGAGCCCUGGUGACACUGGAGCGUACUGGCAAACCCCCUUUACUACAUUUUGCUUUUUUCCCCCAUAUGUAAACACUUGUUGCAGCCCGAUGGCGUCUCACAGCAUGAUGUCUAUUUCUCUCAGUGCAAAUACCUCUGCUGGUCUUAUUAUUAUAGGAUAUUUACGGACAGAUACCAGGUCAGAGCACAAUAAAAUGAGUGCUCAGAAAGCUGAAGGCCUGCACUGUGUGAGCUAGGUUUUCUCUCUGGCGGUUGGAUAUAAGGAAAUAGAUAAAACAGCUACCAGUUAAUACUCUUUAAAAAUAAUUUAUUACCCUUAGUUAACUGAUUUUUCAAUCCAGGUUGAAACUUUUUUUCAACAUUUAUUAAAAGGGCGAAUAAACCAUUUUAUAGAACAUUAGACUCAUUUACAGCAGGAGACAUCUCUUAAAUGCCUUUCUCAUUGUCUGUGAGGACUAUAUAAUUUGUGCUUCAGAGAAACAUAGUUUGUUUAUAAAAAUAAUUUAGUGUUUAAGAUAUCCACAACUCUACCCCAAAGCACAAAUCAAAUAGCAAAGGACACUAGCCAGACCGUGUAAGGUGUGGCGCCUACGUCCUCCUAUAGCAGCUUGCCUGGUAUAAUAGAUGAGUAACAGGAGACGUGGUCUUGGGAUUAUAUUAAUACCUGCAUAUAUCCUUUACCAAGAUUCUGUUACUAUAAAUGCUGUCUUUUUUCAUUGUUUUGUAAUUUAUUUUUUUAUCCUUGGAUCAAACCCAGGCCUUAUCCAUAUUUUUUACUUUAUUUUUCAUCCAACUAAACCAUUAAUACACUUGAUGAGUUUAUGUCGGUUCUAAUGUGUUCAGACACAAUCCCAGCAGUCAAUGCUUUCUUGUUUUUGUUUUUGUUUUCCUUUUCCCUUCUUCCUACCCAGUUGACUAAGACGAAAUGCUGCAGUACUUUAAUUUGGUCAGUGCUAGAAGUGAGGAAAGCAAGGACGGCUGAGCUGAUCCAUGCCACCUGUAAGCCACCUCUUGUAGGAAGAUGAUGUGGUAUUUUUACAGGAUUCUAAUAAAUGUCUUGUGGUCAUUUGCUGA